CGGAACGGCGGCGGCUACGAACGCACCGGAGAUGAAUGAGCUGCAGCACAAAGAGGGCACGUCUACCCCACGAGGCUCGGCACUGAUUGACUGCCUCUUCGUCGCCCCGACGCCACCACUGCUGAACCACGACGACAUCCUACAGAAUGGCAAGGCUCCAACCGAGGACGCUCCAACACCGCCUACACUAGCAAUGCCGUCCAAGCGUAAGCGCCGUCGCCGUGUCUUUGACAUGACUGCGGAAUUCCUGGCCAUGUUCCAGGGACCGCUACCGUACUACAUCGUCGCUGCACUGACGGCUGCCUUCAACCUCGACGAUGAUGGCGCUGAGGAGCUAGAUGAAGCGCUCGCUGCUGUAGCUGGGGAUGCGAUCGAGAAUCUCCAAGAUGAAGCAGCGAGCCUCCAGGUGUCGGCGCAGGCUGCAGCAGCCUGAUCGGCGAUUGCUGCCAAUUCUUCCUAGCGUCCCACCUAGUUUAAUGAUAACUAAACCACUGCCAGCAUUUCAUUUCAGAGCGGCUUGUCAACGCUCAAAACUCCUUUCAUUCGGCG